AGAACCGUCGAACUGAGCUUCCUUCUCUUUUCCUUUCCCUUCUUGUGUCGUCUUCUCAAAGCGGUGCCGCUCAUCGUGGCUCGACAGAAAAGGUUGCAUUACUCGACAGUUAUCAAGUUAGUUCGUUCGUUGUUGUUUUUUGCUUUCGCUUUCAUUUUUUCUUUCAUAAUUAUAGAGGGGAACACGCGCUCCCACACACACACAGAGAGAGAGAGAGAGAGAUUCGAACAUACGCUUUCAUUCAUUCACGGUGUUGGAGCUGUGCGUAUAUCGUCUGGGUUUUUUUUUUCUUGAAGUAGACCGCUUUGUAUUAUUAUUACUAUUCAUGUAUUGCUCUCUUUCCUUUCCUCAUAGUUGUUGACGUGUGCGCGUGGGUCUGCAGCACCAUUGGUUGCUCCGUUGUUGCUGCCGUUAUAUAUGUAGGUGAGUGUGUGCGCAUCUGGAAGCGGAAUACAUUUUUUUACUGUUGUGACAUAGAGUGAUCAAACAGCAGCCUCUUUCGGUUUUUAGAACAUCAUCAAAUCGUUUUCCCCAACAAACGCGAUGACCCAAGAGGGUCGCUUCCCGCCGACGCCGGCGCCACCGUCGAUCGCCACCGGCAGCCAGAGCCGCACCAACGAUGAGAUGGGGGGCAUCACGUACUCCGUCGCGAACAGCGUGCCGUUGCAGCCGCGCCAACGGGCAGCCGCAGCGCAGCCCCCGCAGGGCGAGAUGGAGCAGAUGCGCGUGGAGCUGACCACCGAGCACACGACGACCAGCGCCGGCGACGCGACAACGGAUGAUGUGCAGUUCCACACUGAAACCACGAAAGACCGGCACUCGCAGGCGGAGUUGGCCGCCACCGCUCGCCCGCCGCCAGACGCCCCCGCCGAGAAGAACGGGGCAAGUGAGAAGACAGCCGGGCAGGACGGCCACGCCUCCGGUGCAGACGCGGCGGGGACUGCCCCACCGGUGCCACGCACACGCGGCCCCGGCCACACCCCACGCGGUGCUCGGCCCGAUAGUGCCCGUCCCCCGCCGCGCCCGCCGAGCCGCACCUCGUCCCGCUACGGCACCCCACGACUGAGCCACGACGAUGCCGGACAUCCGACUGCGGAAGCGAGGGGAAGGGCAGGUACGCCGCUGGUGCCCGAGACACAGACGUUACGCACCUCCCAGCCGGUACGGCCGUCCAUGGCCCCGAGUGAUCGCUCGAUCGCCUUCCAGGUCGAGGAUGAGAUGUCCUCGCUGGCGAGCCUCUCCUUCAAGGUGGAGCCGGCCGCGGUAGACCGGCGCAAGUCGGAGGUCAGCGUCGACCCCGGCACGCUCACGGAGAACAGCGACAUCCACUUCAGCGUUGUGCCGGAGUCGCAGGUCUCGCGCCCCACCGCCGGCGGCACCCGACCAGGUGCGGAGCGGAGCCCCGAACCGAACACCAACACGGAGGUGAGCGAGAUUCGCUUCGAGGUGGAACCGCCGCGUGGCUCGCGCGCGCCUGCCAUGACCGACCGGGCCGCGACGACCAGCACGACGAGUCUGCAGUUCGAUGUGGAGUCCACCGCGGGCAACACACGGCGCAGCAGCAUCAGCAACUUCUCGAUUGACAACGAUGAGCCAGAGCCGGUGCCGGUGCGGCGCGUGUCGCAGAAAGACGACGAUGUAGCGGUCACGGAGAAUGUUGCGGCGGCGGCGACGGCACCGGAGCCGGAGCCGGAAGAGAUAAUGACGGAGAGCGAAGAGCGCCGGCGUGCGAAGAAGGCGGAGGAGGAGCGGCGCAAGAAGGCGCUGGAGGAGCGCUCCAAGUACAUGAACGUGCGUCCGUGGGACACCAACGCCCCCAGCCCGCGUGGGCGCCGCACAAGCAGCCAGGCCGCCGCCCACGGCCGUGGGCUGCAGGAGGCGGAGAAGCGUGAACACGCGGCGCAGCGGCACAAGGACAUGAACACGCGUCCGUGGCGCACCGGCAUGGCCACCUCGCCCAGGAGGCAAAUAUCGUCUGAAAGGCAACGCACCCCCACGCCGGAGCCGUCGGCAGCAGGGGGGUCGCAGAGGCGCUACCGCAGGGCGAAGGCGACGCCGGCAUCCGCCACCUCUUCCUCCACCUCCUCCCCAGUUGCGUCGUCGUCAUCGCCCAGGGAGUCAUCGAUGCAGCGGGCGCCGAGGGAGAUCGCCCCGCCGCCCCCCGCUGAGCCGGUCUUCGACGAGCGAGAGGCAGCGAAGUUUAUCACCCCCGCCCCCGUUCUCAAGACACCGCUGCAGGUCAUCGGCGAGGAGGUAGAGGCGUGGAGUGAGACCGCCAGCCAGCAGCGUAACCUGCAGGCGAUCCUGGAGGUGAUGCGGGCACGUGAGCGGGAUUGCGUCCGCCUGUCCAACCAGCAAGAGGCGCAGGAGGGCGUCAUGAGGAAGCUGAACAAGGAGCUGUACGCUAUUCGCGACGACUAUGUGCGGAGGAACGGCUCCGACGUCAUCGGGAUGCCGCUGCAUGCACGUCGUGAGACAGCACCGGAGAAGGGCGGUGCAGCGGCAGACGCAACAGCGAAGCAAACCGAGUUGACGGCACAGGACUACAUGCUGCUUCGCCUCUACCCUCGUCCGUCCCACCAGGCCACGGACUACGUCGCCAUGAAGCAGCAGCGCGACGGCGGCCCGACGGUGAGUGUGCUGAGCGAUGACGACAUGUCAGACGGAGAAAAGGGAGACUUCGCCGAGGACCUUGCGCGCUGGCGGACGGAGCGGCAGGCGCUGCGGAAGGAGAAGGCCCGGUUGGCGCACGCGCGACGUGACCUGACCUUCCAGAUGCGCCGCGGUUCGAACAUUAAGGACAUUAAGCUGACGCAGCCCACCAGCGGGCGUGGGCCGUUGGACCGUCGCGCCUCGGGCACGGAGACAAUGGUGGACGUCGACGGCUACGACAAGUUGAUGGACAUGCGCAUUUCGGCGCAGAAGGCCGACGUGGAAGCUACAAGUGCCAAGGAGCAGUACGCGAACCUCUGCAUGGUCGCCGCGACGAUGCGGGAACAGCACGACAGCAACGCGCGCGAGGUGGCCGAUGCUCAGGAAAUGCAGGAGGAGGCGAAGGAGCGCUACGAGAAGGCCCUGCGUGACAUCCGCCGCAGCGUCGAGGAGGCACGGCCGCUGCUCGACAAGGCGCAGUCGAUUCUGAAGCAGCGGGAGCGCGAGGCCAUGCGCUCUGACGAGGAGAACGCGCUGUCCGAGCUACGGGAGUACAGUGACACGAUUCUUGCGGUGCGUCUGCAGGCGGACCGCGCCGCCGCCAUGGCGGAUGCCGCCGGGGAUGAUGAAAAGCGCAUGCGUCGCGCCUCCACCGUGCGCGCGGGCCCGUCACGCACGACGACUCCGCGUGGAAGCAUCAGCGGUAGUCUCCGCCCCGGAGUGUCCCCGCGCAACCGUGCCAAUAGCCAGACGUACAACGAUGAUGUCUUUGCGCGACUGACGGGUCGGAAGUCGGUGGAUCUGCAGAACGGUGCGCCGGCCGCGACGCCGAAGGAGACGUCCUCUGCGGCGUGA